AUGAUCUUACAUUGUCUUGGAAGCGGGUCACAACUCAUUCAUAAAAGGAGUCGUCUAUCAUCUUCGAGUAGCUCCGAUGAAGAGUGUCUUGCGUGUAUAGAUGACAGUUCUAGGGAAGUGUGUAACAUCAGUGUAUCCGAUCUACAGGAAAUACACAAUCUUGAAGGAGUAUACAGAUAUGGUAUGAAAUGCAACGAUUUGAGGUAUACCAUAUUCGUAGAACGUGGUGCAGCCACAUCUGUGAAAACGAAUAUCGAACGGAAUUUUCCUAAGCAUAACUUCAUAUUUGAACCAUCUGACGCAAAACGUGGGCAUAUAGAAUUAGCAGGCAUUCACAAAGUAGGAUCGGCAUCAAUUGGAACCUUGGGUGGCUUAAUAGAUGUAACGAGUGCAACGUCACCGAAUAUGAGGACAUAUGCAUUGACUUGCCGACAUGUUAUCCCAAUUUCAAAGAUAGAUGAAGACGUUUACAUUUGUAACAGUGUACCUGGAAGUGAUGAAGUUGUCAUGAAACCUAUCGGGAAACUGAGAACAUAUGUCGAUGCCGAGGGAAGAUUAGGACACGGAGAAAGACCUAGAAAACGACGUCAAACAUUUGAUAUUGCAAUGAUAGAAAUAGAUCCACACUCUAGCAUACGAAGUCAGUACCGCAAAUGUACCAUGGUACCACAUAACACACUGCAUUGCAUGACAGGAGAUAUCAAAGUGCAGAAAACAGGUUGCAAGACAGGUUGUACAUUUGGGAUAAUCAAAUUAAAAUCAUGUAGUGUAGACUUCGACUAUAUUGAUUCAUAUGGUAAGGAAAAGACUGUAUCACUCCAUAACGAUAUUGAAAUUGCGAAGGAUUUGGAUAAGAAUGUACAAGGAUAUUUCGCAGACAGUGGAGACAGUGGUGCAAUCAUAGUUGCAGAAAAUGGUGGUCCACAUAAUCACGUUGCAAUAGGAAUGUUUACAUUCUAUAACAAUGAAGAUUCGGACAAUAACAAUGAGAGCAGGGCAUACGCAUUUCCUAUAUACGAUGCACUUGAACACCAGUUCAGUCGCGAGCCAGGGAUUCUUGGAGAAAAUGUCAAGGAUCUAUAUGCCUAUGUAGGUUUAUGAAGAUGCACUUGCCUGUGAAUUAAGGGUAUAAGCCCUGGACUCAAUGUGGAAUAACCAUUCCUUGGAGUACUGCUUUCCAAAAUUUGCACGAGAUGCGCAGCAUCUAAUGUCAAUUUUAGAAAACAAUGCCUGAAAAUAUUUUAACAGUCAAUACAACAAAAAUCAAACUUUACAGAUUUUAGUUCAAUGUAAGCUUAAAUGGAUUAUGGAGCAUUUACCUUUCAUAAG